AUGAUUCAGGGGACGAAGUUUCACACUUCCUUGGUCAAAUAUUCUCCUCCUGAUAUACAGACUCUCAAUGCCAGGGCCCAGAUCUACAUUCGGCUUGAGGAGAAUAUAGCCCACCGAGCGCAGCACGCCACCUUCGUGACGGUGGAAAACAAGCCUCAAGAAAGAAUUCCAAAUUCAAAGAUUCAGAAAAGCCAACGUUCCUCAACGCUGAUCACCCAGGCACCUGAGAAGAGGCAAAGGGUAGAGGAAGGAUUUACACCUUUCCGAACUACUUUGGCUCAGCUCUUCCAAGAGAAUAAGAUGAAAUCCCUUAGGCGACAGGUGGAGAAUAUGAUCGCCAGAGGUGAGUUGGCGGAUUACCUCAUGACAAAGGAAUAUGCAAAGCCCCGCGAGGUCUAUCCCCGCAAGGUGGAAGAGUCCGAGGGGGUAUACAGAUCCAGAUUGAGGGCAGCCCACAAGCUCAGGAAGAUAUCCUCGGUCAAUGCUAUCGCUUCGGGUAGCAUUAGUAUUGGAUUCGGAGAUGGCGACCUAUCCAGAGUUCAACUCCCCCACGAGGAUCCAUUGGUCAUCAGUCUUUUAGUGUCCAAUUGUAUGAUCAAGAGGGUUUUGAUAGAUCCAGGAAGUAGUGCCAACAUUAUCACAAAGACGGUCUUUGAGCAGCUAGAGAUCCCGUCAUCAUCUAUUCGACCUACCUCCAGCCCGUUGAUAGGAUUCUAUGGUACAAGAGUAGAUCCCCUGGGAGUAAUAGACUUGUCCGUAACUGCGGCGAAGAGGACUCUGAAGGAGAACUUUGUUUUAACAGAGAUUCAUCCUUCUUAUAAUCUUAUCAUGGGAAGAGGCUGGAUACACCGGAUGAGAGGAGUUCCGUCCACCCUUCACCAGGUGAUGCGGUGCUUAUCUCCGGACGGAAAAGAAGUGAUUAUUCUAUGGGGCGAUCAAGUUGCUGCGAAGGAAUGCUAUAUGUUGACACAGGCUUAA